CUAUAAUAGCAGAGGUAAUUUGGAACACCGUGAAUUGCAGUAGAAAAAUCGUUCGUCAAAAUUUUUUUAUGCAUCUCCAGCUCUACCGCAGAAAUCUGAAACACUGUAAAAUCCUAGGCCAAAACCCUAAUCCAGAUCCGAUUUGUUGAACUUCACCGUAUUUUAGGAUCCUUAGGGUUCGCUGGAGUUGGCGCCUUAGGGUUUUCACAUUCUCUGAUCUACUUUCAGCUACCAGUAUUGAUCUACCUUGAUCGAAUUCUCAUGGGUGACAAUGGAGUUAGUGAGAUCUUUCAGGAGCCAAAGAAGGGAAAGUUUAAGACUCCCAAGAAGGCAAAGGAGAGUGUUCUGAAGCAGAAAUCCCCCGCGGAGUUCUUCGCCGAAAACAAGAACAUCGCUGGUUUCGACAAUCCUGGAAAAUCGCUAUACACAACAGUGCGCGAGCUUGUUGAGAAUUCAUUGGAUUCAGCCGAGUCUAUUAACGAGCUCCCAUCCAUUGAGAUUACAGUAGAAGAGAUCAAUAAAAUGGAGUUUAAUACCAUGAUUGGUCUUGUUGAUCGGGAGCGUGUCGAUGAAGAGCUGUAUGAUGAUUUCGAGUCUGCCAAAGUUCGUGAGAAACGUCUUGCCAAAGAAGCUCGACUUCAAGAAAUUCAGGCAAAGAAUGCUUCCCUUGGAAAGAAGGCGAAGGAGCCUUCAACUAACACCAAGGGACCUAAAGGUAGAGGUGAAACAUCAUUCUUCAAGGUUAUCUGCAAGGAUAAUGGACGAGGAAUGCCACAUGAUGAUAUCCCAAAUAUGUUUGGCAGAGUUUUAUCUGGUACAAAAUAUGGUUUGAAGCAAACUCGUGGGAAAUUUGGACUUGGUGCCAAGAUGGCUUUGAUCUGGUCCAAGAUGAGCACUGGACUACCUAUUGAGAUUUCAUCCGCCAUGAAAGGCCAGAAUUACACUUCUUUUUGUCGACUAGAUAUUGAUAUUCACCGAAACAUCCCUCACAUCCAUUUGCAUGAGAAAAGGGAAAACAAGGAACAUUGGCAUGGAGCUGAAAUUCAAGUUAUCAUCGAGGGUAACUGGACAACUUAUCGAUCAAAGAUAUUACAUUAUAUGCGUCAGAUGGCCGUAAUUACUCCUUAUUCUGACUUUCUAUUUAAAUAUUUUUCUCACGCUGCAGACAAAAACAUGACGAUUAAAUUUGCACGGAGAACUGAUGUCAUGCCACCCGUCCCUCUUGAGACAAAGCACCACCCAUCUGCUGUCGACUUACUUCUCAUUAAGCGUCUCAUCUCUGAAACAUCCAAGCCAAACCUUUUACAGUUUCUUCAACAUGAAUUUGUAAACAUUAGCAAGUCUUAUGCUGAACGUUUGAUUGGGGAAAUGGGCCCGGAUUUUAGUCCUAAGAUGUUUGUCAAAAGUUUGACGUCCCAACAAAUUGUUCGAAUUCAUCAGUUGUUUCGCCAGGCUAAAUUUGAUGACCCAAGUGGUGAUUGCCUUAGUCCUGCAGGGGAAUAUAAUCUUCGUUUGGGGAUCAUUAAGGAGCUGCAGCCCGACAUGGUUGCUACUCAUGCUGGCAGCCCGCAGGUCUUUGAAGGCCAUCCAUUCAUUGUUGAAGCUGGAAUAAGCUUGGGUGGAAAAGAUGUCAAACAAGGUGUCAACAUUUUUCGCUUCGCAAAUCGCAUUCCACUUCUUUUUGAGCAAGGUGCUGACGUGGUCACAAGGACUGCUUCAAAGAGAAUCAAUUGGAAUAGCUAUAAGAUUAAUCAGAUGCAGGAUAAAAUAGGAGUUUUUGUAAGCAUAGUAAGCACAAAAAUACCCUUCAAAGGAACCGGGAAGGAGUAUAUUGGUGAUGAUAUCACUGAAAUUUCCUCUGCUGUUAAGUCUUCCAUUCAGCAGUGUUGUAAUCAACUUAAAUCCAAGAUUAUGAAGAAACUUCAGGCUCGGGAAAGGCAAGAUCGAAAACGGAAUUUAACCAGGUACAUACCUGAUGCUUCAAGAGCUGUAUAUCAAAUUCUCGAAGAAAUGACACGUGAUAAUGAACCAAAGCGUCAGCGCUAUGACGAAAAGGAUGCUGAACUUCUAGAUAAAAUAGAAUCUGAACAAAUAACUGAGAAAACUCUUAGGGAUAAUCUAACCCAGCAUAUUGAGAAGGUGGAUUAUGAGAUGGCAUUGGAGUAUGCGACACAAAGUGGAGUAAGCGAGGAACCUCGGGAAGAUAUUUAUUUGAAUGCACUGGAAAAUUUGCCAGAUUUUGUUGACUUCCACAGCCCGGUAUUUGUUCUCAGAUUAAUUCCAUAGGUAAAUUCUUGAAUCUAUUUGCCCGUUUAUUAAUGCAUUCCUGUUUAACUUUUUCCAAAGAGAAUAACUCUGUGAAGCUUAUCAUCAUUUCACCUGUAAAUUAAAACCAGCUGAAAAUUCUUCUGGAAUUGGGAGCUACUUAAGUCGUUAUUGAAAAUAAUAAGAAUUUAUUAGAAAUGAAAGUGAUUUAAAAUAUCUGUGUUAA